ACCAAGCUCAGCUGUAUUACCAUUUCGUGUUCCUUCGCUGUUUCUGUCGUUCCCUUGCUUUAAUACCUCCCAGUUGUAUCUGCAUACCCUCGACAUCACGAAUCGUUUUCCUCUGUUUUCUAACUCUGCGAAAGCCACAAUCAGCUUUCCUUGAAUCCACAAACCAUCUAAUCGAACCAUAUCGCACGUCAACCCUUCAAGUGAAUAAUGAACAGCAUCAAUUUCUCAUCUGGUUUCUUCCUGAAUCUCAUUGCCGGUCCGGAUCCCUCCUUCGUGCCUUUUGCCCCAGUAAAACCCAUCCCUCGGCUGCGGACAAAAUGCUGUGACAUCUCGAUAAACUCGAUGCACAAACAGCCUACCCAGUUACGCGAAUAUCACUUUCAUGCAUUCUUCAACUGUUCUUGGAUGUCUCGUCCUUGCUCUCGUGUUAUCAAGUUUAACCCGGACGCACCUAUAGAGUGUCAAAAGGCCACGCCACCUACACCCGCGCGUCCUCGUAUUAGCGCCAAAGUGCCCGCCGUGCAUGAGAUACAUGAUGCUGCUGCUAAAUCAGUACGGUCCCGACACUCACACAAACCUUGGAAAAAUAUCGCCAUAACCGAAUACGAUGACGCGGAGUUCGAGGAACUGCAAGCACGGUUGGUGUUUACCUGGCCGCCCGAUUUGGCAGCCUACCGAAGAGAGGUCGAGGAGAGGGGCUGGGGUGAGGCAGCAGAGUAUGCUGAUGAAAAUAUUGUCCCUGGUGCCAUCUAUGACGCUUCACCGAUAGAGUCGGGAAGCACAGACAGUUCCAUGAUCUUGACGCCGACUCGAGAAGAUUAUGAUAUUCAAACAGCCUGCACACCGCCGGCUAUUCUGCACGAGGGGCUCGUAGAGCCUGAAGUUAAGGCUGGCGUUCUCGAGAAGGCAGUGGGGCUUCAGCGAUUGAGACGCAAAGCACCACCUCCACUCAGUCUUGAUAUUAAGAAAAAACAGCAUUUCAUCGACGAGAUUGGAUGCACCCUGCUGAUCGGCGAUGGUGAGCGUACUGCACGGGAGAUACUGAUGCUAAGCCCGCUGACGGCAGCGAUGAACAUCACUAGCAAGUUAUCUGCAGGGCUCCUCCUCAAUAUUCAUACCUUUUCCGAUGGACUAUUAUUCUGACGACCUAAUCUUUGUCUAUCACUGUAGCAUUACCCAAGUUGGCCGGAGGUUCACUGUAUCUGCAUCUUCCUUGUCCUGUAGCGAUAUUAUGAUUGUAUUUUUGGUGCUCCUCUUUCGCCAUUGUGAGAGCAUCACAUGAAUCGUUAAUCAAAUCACUCACUGGCAGACCGUGAGACGUAAGUAGUUGUUAAAAUCACGACGGACAUAAUUUUCCACUCGAAGCUGGACACCGCGGAUGGAAUUGCAGCUGAAAAUACCUUGGCAUAUUCUUGGACUGAUUGCCUGAGGUUAUGACGAGCUUGACUUGGAGAAAUGAGUUCCCAAUGAACCUAAGAAGUCAGCAGAUACCAUAUAGGUGAGUCGUCAUAUGGCUGUCUGUGCUAAACGUUGACG